UUGUGAACCUUUUCCACGAAAGAUUUUCAGUGAUGCACCGAUGCAUUUCCGCAAUAAUGACCGCAAUUGGGAAGAAGGCACGUGUGGAGAGCUCUGCAGAGAUGUUGGUAAAGGAUUCUGAACCACAGGUGGACCAAAGUGAUGAGAGUGAUUCUGACGGAAAGAGCAAUGAAGAGGGUUCAGGGGAUGAAGAGAGCAAUGAAGACGGAUCUGAUGAGGAAGGGAAUGUUGAUGGAGAUGUGGAACAGGCUGAGGAUGAAGAGGGAGAGAAAGAGGAGGCCGAAGUCAACAAGAAAGCAGUGAAGGGCAAUGAUGGAGACGACAACACCAAUGCUGGAUGGGCGGAGGUCAUGGCCAAGAUUCUGCAGAAGAAAACCCCAGAUAGCAAACCUAUCAUCCUGCUGAAGAACAAACAGGUGGACAAGAGGAAGGAGAAAGAGAGGAAAGAGUAUCUGGAGAGAAAGAAACAGGCUGAUAUGAAGCGUGUCCAGGAGAUGAUGUGUAGAGAGAAACCUGACAUUGUGAAAGACCGAGAGAAUGAGAGGAACCUACAGAGAAUUGCUACCAGGGGGGUAGUGCAGCUCUUUAACGCUGUGAGGAAGCACCAGAAAACCGUGGAUGAGAAGGUGAAGGAGGCGGGCGGUUCCGAGAGGAAGAAGGCCAAGCUCCUUUCAUCAGUCUCCAAGAAAGACUUCAUCAAUGUUCUGCGGGACACAGAUGGUUCCAGCAGGGUUGUCACCAAGACGGACAGACAGACUGCUGGCAGUGAAGUUGAAGAGAAGCCGGCAUGGAGUGUAUUAAGGGACGAUUUUAUGAUGGGAGCCUCUAUGAAGGACUGGGACAAGGAGAGCGACGCGGACGAAGGUGAGCAAGAGGCUCACGGCGUGGAGGACUACAACAGCGAGUCGGACUGAGCAGAAGGGUGUGUGUACGUGUAUGACCAAGCACACCUAGUAGUGUUUAUAUAAGACCAUGCCUUCUAUGUCCAUUGUGAGGAAUGGUGCCGAACGGUCCUGCAUUGUUGAAUUGAGCUCAACACUGAUCCCCUGCCCCUAUUCCCAGAGUCAGGCCCAAAGACCUUUCUUUGACUUAUCUCUUUGGAAUCUGCUGGAGGAAGACUGGGUUUGAGCAGAGUGUUUGACACGAGCUGUCUGCCUCUAACUGAACAUUUCUCCAUCUUAAGUGUGUGUGUGUGUGUCAUUUUUUUUCUAACAGUUACAUGUCCUUCAAAAUAAAAAGCCAGAAAUACA